GUGCUAUUUUGCUGCUGCAGUGGAUAGCAGUUAAAAACAUUCUUUGCAGACCGCGGUGAUCCUCCAUUUAUAUCUGAAAAAAAUGCCACGCUGCUUGAUAAAGUCGAUGGCACGUUAUCCGAGGACGGAUACUUUGAACGAAGAAACCGAUUUUUCUUGGCUACCGCCAUCCACGGAUUUUAAGCGAAAGAAUCGCACAAAAGACCCGUCGUUGAAGACAAGCAAUAUCUGGACGUGUUCGGGUCUUCCCAUUGUAACUCGAUAUACCUUUCACCACAAUAUGUUCGAUACGGGCCGAAAUUUCGCGAACAUCUCUCAAACCUCGCCGUCGUUCGACGGAAUAAGAACAAACGAAACGGAGAAAAUGUCCACGUUAUCGCUGAAUAACGCAUCUCGAUCCUCCUCUACUAGCACAACGGAAUCGGCAAAAACGAUGCAAGUGAUAAAUCCAGAAAAUAUCGCCGAGGCGAUAAAUCAGAAAAUUGUCAACGGUGGCGAAACACAGACGCUCUCGCAAGCUUUGUAUCUGAUUCCAAAACAAAAACACGAACCGAUAAACGUUAACGAGCAUAAAACGUCCACGAACGUUCAACCUUGGAAGAAAAAUAAAACGAUGCAUUAUUGUCCAUAUUGCCGCAAGAGCUUCGAUCGUCCGUGGGUCUUAAAGGGUCACUUGCGUCUUCACACUGGAGAAAGACCCUUUGAGUGUCCGGUUUGUCACAAAUCUUUCGCCGAUCGUUCGAAUCUACGCGCUCAUCAGAGAACGCGUAAUCAUCAUCAGUGGCAAUGGCGCUGUGGCGUGUGCUUCAAAGCUUUUUCGCAAAGACGUUACCUGGAGCGUCAUUGUCCGGAAGCUUGCCGCAAAUAUCGUAUAUCUCAAAAGAAAGAAAUCGUUUGUCCAUAAAUGCGAAUUAAAUUCACUCUCAAGACAAUGUUCGUAGCCCUAUCUUACAUUUGAGAUCAUCUCAGAUUCAUCUUAAGAGAUCACGCGCGCGCGCGCGCGCACGUGGAUUGUCUCAUCUACAGACCUAACUUAAGAUAAACCGAAGACGUAUCUCAAAGAUAAGAUUCGACUAUACAAAUACCGGCAACAGACAUUUCGAUAUACAUAUUUCCGUUGUUCUCGUAAUAAUCAGCGUAUUAAUUCUAAUUGUUUUUAAUUAUUACAGUAUUACAUGUGUACAUACAAAACUGUGCUCUUUUUUUUUGUUCGUUAGCGUUUAUUAAAUAACAUAUUAUUUCAUUUUUAUAAAUCUGUGCUCUAAGCAUACGUCAAUAAAUCGUCACAGCGGUGUUAAUU